CUUCUUCCCAUCCUCCCUCCCUCCCUAUUCCUCCAUAGCCAUAGAUAGCUCGGAUUUCCAUUCCUCAUCUUUUCUAAAAAUCUCACCUUUUUCUCUUUCUUUACUCUUCCCUUUCUUCCCCCUUUUCCCCUUGGGAUCUCUAUCUCCAUCUCUCCUCUUUCUCCGCUCUGAAUCUUUCUGGGUAUCAAGAUUUCUAUUAUUUUUUAAUUUUGUAGACUGAGGAAGAAGAAGAGGAAAGAAUGCCAACAGUCUGGUUUUCUCUAAAGAGGUCUUUACACUGUAAAUCAGAGCCGUCAGAAGUACAUGAUCCAAAGACUAAGAAUCAUUUAAGCGCAUUGUUAACCAGAAAAGUUGGUCGGUCAGGUUGUUCAAGGUCUAUAGCUAAUCUCAAAGAUGUCAUCCAUGGAAGCAAAAGACACAUGGAAAAGCCUCCAUCUUGCAGUCCAAGAUCCAUUGGUAGUGGCGAAUUUAUUAACCCAAUAGCCCACGAAGUCAUUUUAAGCAAUUCCAAAUGCGAGCUCAAAAUCACAGGCUUCGGUGGUUUUCAUGAUGGAAUUAGCCCCUCCUCCGGUGGCGGCGCCGCCGCCGGAGGAUGGAACCUUAACCGUGAUUCAACCUUUGUGGGUACCUUAACUCCGGGCACCCCUGGACCUGGAGGUCAUCACCACCACAACCCAUUAAUGAAUCGUCGGAGAAAAUCGUCAGAGGACGGCGCCGGCAGCCGUGGUAUUCGAUCAAGUUCUAGGGCUAAUAAUAAUAAUAAUGCUGAGAUAGAUGGACAUUCAGGGUCAGUUACAUGUCAUAAAUGUGGAGAGCAGUUUGGGAAAUGGGAUGCUCUUGAAUCUCAUCAUCUUUCUAAACACGCCGUAACUGAAUUGGUGGAAGGUGAUUCUUCUCGGAAAAUAGUGGAAAUAAUCUGCAGAGCAAAUUGGUUAAAGACAGAAAACAAUUCAAUCCGAAUUGAAAGAGUAUUGAAAGUUCAUAACAUGCAAAGAACUUUAGCAAGAUUUGAAGAACACAGAGAAACUGUUAAAAUCAAAGCAAGCAAGCUUCCAAAGAAGCAUCCAAGAUGCAUUGCAGAUGGUAAUGAACUUCUCAGAUUUUACGGCACAACACUGACAUGUUCACUCGGAAUAAACGGUUCUUCGAGCCUCUGUUCGUCGGAUAAAUGCUGCGUUUGUCGAAUUGUGAGAAAUGGGUUCUCUACUAAGAAGGAAGUGAAGGGCGGGAUUGGGGUUUUCACAACUUCAACUAGUGGAAGAGCCUUUGAAUGCAUAGAAAACGGACAUGGGGAGAAUAAUAAUGGAAAUGGAAUCCAAUCUAGUAUGAUGAUGACGAUGAUGAGAAAGGCUUUGAUUGUUUGUAGGGUGAUUGCAGGAAGGGUUCAUAAGCCAUUAGAGAAUAUUCAAGAAAUGGCUGGUCAAACUGGGUUUGAUUCUUUGGCUGGUAAAAUUGGACUUUAUUCCAAUAUAGAAGAGCUUUAUCUGCUCAAUCCUAAAGCUCUUCUUCCUUGUUUUGUGGUAAUCUGCAAAUCCUAAGUUUUUUGUUUUGUUUUUGUUUUUGUUUCUGCAAGUUAUGUGAAUUAAUGGUCUGGUCUUAUGGCUCUUAAGUUUUAGAUUAUCUUUGCAUAUUUGAGACAUGAAAUGACAAAACAAAUUCACACAAAAUUAUAUUGUGUAGAUUGGUUAGUUCAUCAUAGUAUCA